AAUGUUGACGUAUUUUUCAUUCCUUUUGUCAUAGGAAUACGAGAUAAGGAUUCGAGUGUUGUCGCUGGAUCUGGAUAUGAAACUUGUUUUCCCCGACAAAAGAGGCUCUCGAGAUUUGAACGGUCCACCUUUUGGGAACGAUCCACCGAACCUUGGAAAGAUUCUCAAGUGCAAAGAACUACCGGAGUACCCUGGGAAUAUGACAUGUUCUGAGUACCAAGAGUACAAACGGAAAGAACCAGGAUUGAUCACUCGAGUGGGGACGAUGAUAAAAAACACGUGGAGCUUUACGGUGACGACAGUGGUUGAAACUUGGAGUAUGUGUUCUAACGGCGUUGGAACAACGGCUAAGAACAUUUGGAAUGUAUUGAAAUGGAUGAUGGAUUUGGUCGGUAAAGCUUGGAAAGGAAUGUUGGAGUGGUUCGGUAGAAUUAGGAAAGGAUUGACAGAUUACGUCGGUGAAAUCUGGAACGGAAUGAAAAGGUGGGCGGGACGGAUUUUUUUAACGAUGAUGUGGGCGGAUGAAUAUGUUUACCAUGGAGGCUUACAGGUGGCCGAGUGGUACUGGGACUAUACCGAAUGGUUGACAGGGCUGACUUGGAACGGAACGGAAUGGAUUUGGGAUCAGAUUCGAUGGUUGAACGGCGUCUCAAAGGAAAAUGCUUCAUGGCUAGCUGAGAAUGCAUGGAUUGGAUCAAAACAGUGGGCCGAGUGGGCAUGGGGGGAAGCGAAACGGUUAGCGGACUGGUCUUGGAAAACGAUUAAAAGGAAUUGUAAACCACUUGAACCUGCGCUUGAGUACGUUUUGGAGACGGGAGAAGUUCUGAUCAAGUUUUACAAUGAAUAUGUUCACGGUGAGUAGAAAGCCUUGAGAGAAAUACCCCAACGAACUCUGUGAAAAUCCUUGGAAAUAUUCCUGUAUACUCGAGAGAUGGCCAAAUCAAGCUUCAAUUUCUUUGAUGUAAUUUUUUUG